UCUAAUUAUUACAAAUUCCAAAGAAGCGUUUUACUAUUUAGUUAUUUUCUAAUUAAUUUAUUCAAAUGAUUUAUCAUAUAAAUCUUCCGAUUGUUGAGUUUAGUUGUAAACCCAUGAUGUUUCCCGUCAUAGCUGGCGGUCAAGUUUGAAAAAGCUAAGAACUUUUGGAUUCCUCUAUGAAGACCAUGCUUUCUCACCAGAAAUGGAACUUCUCAUGGUCUCAGAUUGCCAUUGUUGCAUCUGUCAUUGUUCUCGUUUCUUUGGUUCAUCUGUUUCUCGGUCCUGUGCUGCCUUCUUUUGAUACUGUUAGUGUAAGGCAAGCUCAGAAUCUUUCUGGACCAAGUAAUGAAUCAAUCACUCAAGUGACUGAAGACUCAACAAGUGAAUCAGUUCUUGCUGCCUUUGACCGCCGGUUUCCUGCUGACUCACACGGUGCAGUUGUUUAUCGAAAUGCCUCGUGGAAAGCUGAGAUCGGACAAUGGCUUUCUAGUUGUGAUGCAGUUGCCAAAGAAGUUGACAUCAUUGAACCAAUUGGUGGGAGAAAAUGUUUGAGUGAUUGUAGUGGUCAAGGUGUUUGUAACCAUGAAUUUGGAAUUUGCCGUUGCUUUCAUGGAUUUACUGGCCAAGAUUGUUCGCAAAAGCAGCGCUUAGAAUGCAACUACGAGAAAACACCUGAGAUGCCAUAUGGUCCCUGGGUUGUUUCGAUCUGUUCUACACAUUGUGAUACCACAAGAGCAAUGUGUUUUUGUGGAGAAGGCACAAAAUAUCCAAAUCGUCCUGUGCCAGAGUCAUGUGGAUUUCAAAGCAAUUCGCCGGCGAAUCCUGAUGAACCUAAAAUGACAGAUUGGUCAAAACCAGACUUAGAUAUUCUAACAACAAACAGUAGCAAACAAGGAUGGUGCAAUGUGGAUCCAGAAGAUGCAUACGCUUUAAAGGUGCAAAUCAAAGAGGAAUGUGACUGCAAAUAUGAUUGUCUUUGGGGACGAUUCUGUGAAAUUCCUGUACAAUGCACUUGUGUUAAUCAGUGCUCUGGACAUGGCAAAUGCCGAGGAGGUUUCUGCCAGUGUGAUAAAGGCUGGUUUGGAACAGAUUGUAGUAUUCCAUCCACUCUCUCGACAGUUGGAGAGUGGCCACAAUGGCUUCGACCAGCACAUCUUGAAGUUCCAAGUGAUAAAGAAGUCCCUGGAAAUAUUAUUAAUCUAAGUGCUGUGGUGAAGAAAAAGAGGCCUCUUAUAUACAUCUAUGAUCUACCUCCAGACUUCAACAGUUUACUUCUUGAGGGCCGGCAUUUUAAACUUGAGUGUGUUAAUAGGAUAUAUGAUGAGAGGAAUGCAACAGUAUGGACAGAUUAUCUAUAUGGUUCCCAGAUGGCAUUCUACGAGAACAUUUUGGCCACCGGUCAUCGUACACUGAAUGGCGAAGAGGCGGAUUUCUUCUUUGUUCCUGUUCUUGAUUCGUGCAUUAUUACUCGUGCUGAUGAUGCACCUCACUUUAACAUGAAGAAUCAUAGUCGAUUAAGAAGUUCGUUUACCUUAGAGUUCUACAAAAGGGCUUAUGAACACAUCGUUGAGAAAUAUCCAUACUGGAACCGCACAUCUGGGAGAGACCACAUCUGGUUUUUCUCAUGGGAUGAAGGUGCUUGCUAUGCUCCUAAAGAGAUAUGGAAUAGCAUGAUGCUAGUUCAUUGGGGUAACACGAACUCUAAGCAUAACCAUUCAACAACAGCUUAUCGAGAUGAUAACUGGGAUAGUAUAUCUGAUGAGAGAAGAGGAGAUCAUCCUUGCUUUGACCCCCGCAAAGAUCUCGUGAUUCCAGCCUGGAAACUUCCUGACCCUUACUCAGUGCGUGCAAAUUACUGGGCAAGGCCACGGGAGAAGCGGAAAACAUUGUUUUACUUCAAUGGGAAUCUAGGACCUGCUUAUGCUGAGGGAAGGCCUGAAGAUUCGUAUAGCAUGGGAAUCAGGCAGAAGCUAGCAGAAGAGUUUGGUUCGAGCCCUAACAGAGAAGGUAAGCUUGGGAAACAGCAUACAGAAGAUGUGAUUGUAACUCCAUUGCGUUCUGACAACUACCACAAAGACAUAUCCAACUCAAUCUUUUGUGGUGCGUUCCCUGGAGAUGGUUGGAGUGGACGCAUGGAAGAUAGUAUCUUACAAGGAUGCGUCCCAGUCAUCAUUCAGGAUGGAAUCUACUUGCCUUAUGAGAACAUGCUCAAUUACGAAAGCUUUGCGGUUCGUGUCAGCGAAGAUGACAUUCCAAAUCUCAUAAACACUCUGCGAGGAUUCAGUGAGACAGAGAUACAAUUCAGACUGGCCAAUGUAAAGAAGCUCUGGCAAAGAUUUUUGUUCCGAGACUCGAUUUUGCUUGAAGCAGAGAGACAAAAAGCUAGUUAUGGACAUGAAGAAGACUGGGCUGUUCAAUUCUCUAAACUGAAGCAUGACGAUAUCUUUGCUACUUUCAUACAAACUCUGCAUUUCAAGCUACACAACGAUCCAUGGAGACGAGAGCAAGUCAUAAACCGGACUAAAGAAUACGGAUUGCCUCAAGAAUGUCUCCAUAGAACCAGCUGAACAAAAUCUCUAAAAAAAAAGUUAAACUUUGGAAGUAAAUACCUCAGAAGCAUAUACAUAUAUAUACUUGGCUGAAUCAUUCAAGAUUCAUUGCCAAAUCGAUUCUUUUUGAAAAAUGUAUAAUCUCAGGUUUUGAAUUAGGUACACCAUCAGUCAUAUUAUUUUAAGCAAAACGUUGGUUGCUAAACUCAAACCAUCUUCUAUAAAAUUACUUUUAAGUAAACAA